GAAAUUUAAAAAAACCCAAUAAGCUUCUGCAGCUACCGGCUACUAAACACAAAAUCAUCAUCAACCUUCGAAAAACUGUUUCUUUCACUCUCUACACAGUGUGUCAGAUUCAAACAUCCUAUUUUUUAUCAAAACAAAAUUCAAUUAAACAUCGUUCUCAUUUCUGUUGAGUACUGAGAAUAGUGAGAUCAAAGGAAGGAAUCUGAAAAAGUUGGUAUCCUAAGCUGUUUCUUUAUUGGGAAAGAAGAUAAAUAAUAAAGGUGGGUUUAGCAUGCAAGUUGGCUUCAUUAAAAAGAAGGUCUUGGAUAGAGAGAGAGUCACACAUUGAGAGAUUGUGAGAAAUGAUGGAUGUGAAGAAGGAGAAGGAACAGGGCAAUGCAGAAUCGUCUAAGAAGAAGGGGCGUCGUCUUGUGACUUGGACUCAAGAGGAGGAUGAGAUACUAAGAGAACAGAUUGGAAUUCAUGGAACUGAAAAUUGGGUAAUUAUUGCAUCCAAAUUCAAGGACAAAACAACAAGACAGUGCAGAAGAAGAUGGUACACAUAUUUGAAUUCUAAUUUCAAGAAAGGUGGAUGGACACCAGAGGAAGACAUGCUCUUAUGUGAGGCUCAAAAAGUAUUUGGGAACAAAUGGACAGAAAUAGCAAAGGUGGUUUCAGGCAGAACGGAUAAUGCUGUAAAAAAUCGAUUCUCCAUACUCUGCAAGAAGAGAGAAAAAUCUGCAGCAUUAGAAAAAGAGAACAUCAUUCCAUACAUUGAUUCCAAUAGCAAGAGGAAUAUUUCUCAUCAAGGUUAUAUUACAAAUGCAACUUCAGAAUCUGCUAUGCCAGUUAAAAAAAUGAGGAGGGCCCAUAUUCCUGAUGAUGCAAACAAGAUCAACUUUGGAGACAGAUCACAUUUGCGAAAUGCAGCUUCAACAAAUCAGCAGCCAAGGGCACCAUUUUCCGAAUUAGCUAAAAAAUCGAAUUGUGUGAACAAUCUUCCAGACAGGCAUCAUAUUUUCAAUGACAAGUUCAACAGUUCUGGCCAAAAUAACAAAAAUCAGCUCAAAACAGAUGAUCCAAAGAUAAGUGCAUUGAUUCAAAUAAUUGAUUCAGAGAACAUGGAAAAUUUAUGGAAGCCACUUCUAGAGUUUCUGAACCGAACAGAUAUCAUUGGAGAAAAAAUUGAAGUUUUACAGCUUGUAAGUCGUAUGGUCAAGGACUUGAAGAGUAGUAGUAAUGAGAGAGGCCAUUCCGGCUUGAGGCAAAUGGAACUAGACGAAGAUUCUCCAGGAAGUUCUGAACACAGUUCAGGAUCAACUCUGCUGACCAAGUCCACUGGUACUGGUGAUAAUUUGGAAAACUCAUUGAAUCAGGAUAUUGGAACUGAAAUGAAAGCUACACAAUUUGAAGUUAAAAAAGAAGAGUCUGAAGGUGUGGAAGAUAUUGGAACUGAAAUGAAAGCUACACAAUUUGAAGUUAAAAAAGAAGAGCCUGAAGGUGUGGAAGAUAUUGGAACUGAAAUGAAAGCUACACAAUUUGAAGUUAAAAAAGAAGAGUCUGAAGGCGUGGAAGGAGUUCUUUCUACUGGAAAAGUGGAACAAGAUAUGAUGCCACAUGGUGAGGAACAGAUAAAUGCAUCGUUAAGAAUGGAGUGUUCCCCUCUUCAAGUUACCCCUAUUUUCAGAUCCUUGGCUGAAGAAAUUCCCAGCCCAGAAUUUUCAGAAAGUGAAAAGAGCUUUCUGAGGAAAGCACUGGGAGUAGAGUCUCCAUCUAUCAAUACAACUUUCAGUCCGUUCAAAUUGCCACCAUGCAAUUGUCAAAAAAAAAAAUUGCCACCAUGCAAAAGAUCCCUUCAAUAUGAUACAUGAUUCAUCUGCGAUACAAAUAUUGACAAUUCAGCUUCAAUCGAUUUUCUUAGCCUCAUUUGAGAUGAUUGCAAUCUCUGCCUUAAAUUUUGAAAGGCAUAUGCUACUAAAGAAUGUUAUGAUACAUUCUUUUAGCAUCACCCUUUUCACUCAACCUUUUUGAUACUUGCACAAAAUAUUAUUGGUGUGCUUAGUGUGUCAUUCUAUGGUUUGGUUUUCUCCAAGUUUUUGUCAUUGUUUUCAUUUUUUUUGUAGAGUCUUCUUUGCAAUCAUUAGCAUCCUCUGAUUGCAUGUGUUUGUGUGUGUACAUAAACAUUUUGCCUAUCCUAUUAACUCUGAAUAUAGAGAAAAAGAGUUAAAAGGUUAGGCAAUGUUGAAUUGGAUUCUUAUUUGUUAUUUUGGGUGUGCAUACAUUAUGUAAUAAUCAUUUUUCGAUAUUUUCUCUUCCCCCCUCCCAUGAAUCUUUUAUACCCCCCAAUAUUUCAAUUUUGUCCUUGCAGAAACAUUCGGUUCGCAAAAACCGAAAUUUUUCUAGUGCAAAUUCAGAGUAAAUUUUGGUUUUUAGAAACCGAAAUUUGUUUUGAAGGCAAAAAAAAAACUUCGGUUUCUACGAACCGAAGUUUUUUCAAGGGCAAAAUUGGAAAUUCAAGGGGGAUAAAAGAUUCAUGGGGGGUGGGGAGAGAAAAUAUCUCAUUUUUCUCUGGUUUGGUUUUGAUGUACUGAAACUUAACUAUAUUAGGGAGUGGAAAUGCAUUUUGGUUUUGGUGUGUA